AUGCCUAUCGGCAAGAGAUUCAAACGAGGCUUUCGCUCGAUCAAAGCAAAUCUUAAGAAUCGCUCUGAUCUUCUGCAAGAGCCUGUUCAGUCCGAGUCGAGUGUUGAUAUAACGGGUUUUGGAGCAGUGUCUGUUAGGAAGAGUGGCGAAUCUGUAAUUCAGAAUGGCAAAAAAGCAGCUGGCGAGCAAAUACAGGAGCCUAUACACGAUGAUUCAGCUUGCUUGAUGACAGGGUCAUUAGCGACUACCACGAAUGAUUUGCAGCUCUCAAAUGAGAAUGAUCUUUGGUUCCAAGCUUCGGAGAAGCUCAAGGCUGAUGAUCCGGAACUGUAUGAACAAUACUCACUCAUUAUAUGUCGCGAAGCAGACAAGAAUAACGAACACUAUUCCAACGAGUCCACACAAUCCUUAGCGAAUCCAGCGAUGCUUCUCAAAGUGUGCCAAAAUAGCCUCGAAACCAUGAAUUCACCAAGUGGCAGAGCCAAUAAAGUUUUUGAGAAGACGAUUGAGAUUGUAGGCCUGGCUAAAGAUUUCGUGGGGUCUGUUGUAAGUGCCGAACCUCAUGGAGCAGUAGCUUGGGCAGGUGUCUGUCUUUUCCUUCCGCUUCUCCUCAAUCCCUCUCAACAAGAUGAAGCUUGUCGCAAAGGUCUUGAGGAACUACCCUUCCUUAUCCAAAAGUACAGUCUAGUGGAGAGCAUUUGUGCAACUAAAAGGUCGGAUUCAACAAUUGCCACCACGGCUAAUAUGUUGUCCAGUGGGAUCAUCGACUUAUAUACCAAGAUACUUAGUUUUCAGGCCGAGGUUGUAUGUCAAUUAAACCGAUCCACGAUCAAAGGCUAUUUGCGGAAAGUUUUCCAGACCGAUAAGUGGGAAGCCAUGCAUCACGAUGUCUUACGCAUAGAAGGGCGAUGUUGGGGUAUAGCCCAGGCGACUGAUAGCGAUCGUUGUAGUAGGUUAUCGAAGGAAUACAAUAGCAAACUGGCAGAGCUUCAUAUCAUUGGAUCGCAGCUCUUUCAAGCAUCAAGUCAGACAUAUCAGGCCGUUAUUGAUAUUGGAAUAGAAUCUAAGCAACGCGAAAGAUCCAAGGAGGAAAUGGAUUGUCUGCAAGCUUUUCGUUCGGCUAAUCUUUAUGAAGAACAAAAGGAUCGAAAUCCUGAUCGUGUUGAGGGUACUUGCAAGUGGUUACUUGAAUCAGAGAGCUUCCGCGACUGGAGGGACGGUGAAAGCUCAGGUCUUCUUUGGAUUUCAGCAGAUCCAGGGUGUGGAAAGUCAGUUCUUUCUAAAGCGUUCGGAGACGAAAGACUGGUGAGCAUAUCUCCUGCAACUAUCGUAUGUCACUUCUUUUUCAAGGAUAUUUCUCCAGAACAGCGUAAUCCAAAAAAGGCAGUUGCAGCAUUGAUCCACCAGAUACUUUCGAAAAAUCGCCAUCUUUGGGCACACGUGAUAGAUAGUUGGAAGCUCAACGGCAUAGAGCUUUGUAACUUGCAUGAUCGCAUGUGGGACGUUUUGGAAUCGAUAGCAGGUGAUCCCGCUGCUGGUGAUAUUGUCUGCGUCAUUGACGCUUUGGACGAGUGUGAUUCAGGCUACGAUAUACGAGAGCAAUUUAUUCGGAGAAUGCAUAGGCUUGUGUACGAGAGUCAGCCAUGCCACAUGAAAUUCGUGGUCACCAGUCGCCCUUAUUCUCAGAUUGAGAGAAUAUUCUCGGGCAUGAAUCAAAAUUUCCAUAUCAUUCGUAUAGCUGGGGAGAUGGAAUCUGAGAUGAUCUCACAGGAAAUAAACCUCGUCAUCAAUCACAAAAUUGCGCAACUGGACUUAUGCGAAAGAGUUAAAACCCGUAUCAUAACUUGUUUACAUGGAAUGAGCCAUAGGACUUAUCUUUGGUUAUACUUGAUUAUGGACGUUGUUUGCGAGAGGGUAACCACUAGCGGGGGCGCCGAGAGAAUAGAAGAAAGCCUGAGAACACUACCAAUCACCGUGGAGCAAGUAUACGAAGCCAUUCUGAAUAAAAGCCCACGCAGAUCAGAUACCGAGAAAUUACUUCACAUUAUCGUCGGGGCUGAACGCCCGCUAAGUACGGAUGAAAUUAACGUUGCCAUGAACAUCAAAGUAUGUUACAAUGGGUCUCAAACUUUCGAGGAUAUUUGUUUGGAAGAUAGUAAGCGUUACCCAGGCAUGAUUCGUAAUCUCUGUGGGCUCUUCAUACAGAUUGUGAAUUCGAAAGUGUACCUCAUACAUCAGACAGCGAAAGAAUUUCUUAUCGAGAACAAGCAAAACGAAAGAGAGCAUGGUUCCUGGAAGCACUGUAUCCAGCCGGAUAUAUCUCAAAGAAUUCUAGCUGAAGCAUGUAUUUCCUAUCUAUUCCUUGAUAACUUUGACUCUUGUUUGGUUGAUGACAAUGGUCGCUCAAAUCUCUAA